UUCAUGCUGCAAGACAGCGGUUCACUGCAAGCCUCCCGGCCCUCGGAUCAACUGUUCUGAUCUGAUCUGGCCUUUUGACAAAGGAAGAGUUUCUGCGAAGACACAUUUUGAAGAAUAUUCUGAAAAACACCAGCCGAGGAGUUGAGCCGGUGAGCAGGUGAUCUUUUGCGCUCUCACCGACGCUGGAGAUUUGCGCUUGGACAAUGUUUGCAAUAAGCGGGGAGAUAUACUUAUUACUAUCAUCUCAGCCUUGAAAGAGAGUCUGGGUGGAUUUUUCCAAAGACGUCUUCCACAAAAACACACAGCACUGGUCAUUUUAAAAAACAUCUAUCUUUGUAAAAGCUGUGGUUUGUUGUGGCGCUCUGGAGGAGCGCAGCGCCUUGGGUUGGACCCGCUGUUGUUUGGCAAAGUGCUUUAGUUCUCCAAGUAAUUUCUUUCUUUACUGAAAACAAAAACUUCUGAAAAAAGAUCAUAACGAGGCUUAAAUGUUUGGGAUCCAGGAGCAUCUGAUACGAGAAGCGAGCGGAUUAAAGGAGAGAAGUCUCGGAGAGGAGAUGGAUCCAGUCCGGUCCUGGGUGCGUAAUGUCGGCGUUGUGGAUGCGAACGUUGCUGCGCAAAGUGGAGUUGCUCUCUCAAGAGCUCACUUUGAGAAGCAGCCGCCCUCCAAUCUCCGCAAGUCCAACUUUUUCCACUUUGUCCUGGCACUCUAUGACAGACACGGCCAACCUGUGGAGGUGGAGAGGACUGCCUUUGUGGACUUUGUUGAGCAUGAAAAGGAGCAGACAGGAGAAAAGACCAACAAUGGAACUCACUACAAGCUACAGCUGCUGUACAGCAACGGUGUCCGCACAGAGCAGGAUCUUUAUGCACGACUUAUUGACUCUGUCACAAAACAGCCCAUAUCAUAUGAAGGACAAAACAAGAAUCCAGAAAUGUGCAGAGUGCUACUCACACACGAAGUUAUGUGCAGCCGCUGUUGUGAGAAGAAGAGUUGUGGCAACAGAAACGAGACGCCGUCUGACCCAGUGAUCAUUGACAGGUUCUUCUUGAAGUUUUUCCUGAAAUGCAACCAGAACUGUCUGAAGACAGCAGGAAACCCCAGGGAUAUGAGGAGAUUUCAGGUGGUCUUGUCCAGCACUGUGAGCGUAGACGGCCACAUCCUGGCAGUGUCAGACAACAUGUUCGUCCACAACAACUCAAAACAUGGCCGGAGAGCUCGCAGAUUGGAGCCAGGAGAGUCUGUUGAGAAUUCAAUGGAAUAUGCUACUCCUUGUAUUAAAGCCAUCAGCCCCAGUGAGGGCUGGACCACCGGUGGCGCGAUGGUCAUUGUAAUUGGUGAGAACUUCUUUGACGGGUUGCAGGUGGUGUUUGGCAGCAUGCUGGUGUGGAGUGAGCUGAUUACACCACAUGCCAUCCGUGUUCAGACACCUCCUCGACACAUCCCUGGGGUCGUGGAGGUCACACUGUCGUAUAAGUCUAAACAGUUCUGUAAGGGAGCACCUGGACGCUUUAUUUACACAGCUUUGAAUGAACCUACUAUAGACUACGGUUUCCAACGUCUUCAGAAGGUAAUUCCUCGACAUCCUGGGGAUCCAGAGAAAUUAGCCAAGGAAAUUCUUUUAAAGAGAGCGGCAGAUCUGGUCGAGGCUUUAUAUGGAAAUCCACACAGCAAUCAGGACAUGCUGCUGAAACGUGCGGCGGACAUUGCUGAGGCGCUCUAUAGCGUUCCCCGUCCUCACAGUCAGCUGCAGGCACUGCCCAGCUCACCAGCUCAUGGCAGCGUAAUGGGUUUGGGGUCCUACCCUUCUCAGUUAGGUGUUAGCAUCGGAGAGCCAGGACAAAGCAGCCAAGGUUACAUUCGUAACUCCAGCAGUUUGUCUCCACGAGGUUACCCAUCAGCCUCUACUCCUCAGCAGUCAAGUUAUGGCGGCAGUGGAGGGAUGACUGGAGGAUACGGGACAGUUCCCAUGACCAGCCUUGGAGUUCCUGGGUCUCCUGGGUUUAACAGUGCCUCCCCCACAGGCUCUCCCUACAUUAUGCCCUCCAGCCCAACUAUACCAGGAAGCUCCAGCUCUUCAUCGUCUCUCUUGCCUUUCUCCUCCUUCCCAUCUGCUGCUAAACAGAAGAGCGCUUUUGCCCCUGUCCUCAGGCCCCAGGGCUCCCCCUCCCCUGCCUGCCCAGCCUCAGGGGGGAACAGCUUCAGAGGUAGCCAUCCAACUCACUAUCUGACCCCCCUGUCUGAACUUACGAAUGCAGUCUAACCCCUCAUACUAACCCACUCGAAAGCUUUGACUGAAGACACAACAAAAAGUUGCUGGAUGUACAAUAAGACCUGAUUGAGUAGAAUCAUAGAUUUUGUAUAUUUUUUUCUCUCCAGCAAUGACGGGCCUGGUUGUUCCCCCGAUGUAGCAAAGCACCCACCCCAAUCUACCCCAGACCACUGCUUCACUUAGCCCCUCUUUUGGCACUAAGAGGGCAGGGAGAGCUGAAAGUAUAUCAUUAGCAACCACAUGUAACUUUGCUCCUUGUGCCCCCACCACUUCUUAGUCCCUUUUUCAUCCAGGUGGAUGAAUAGGGCGGGCGGGGUAUGAAAUGUCCAAAGACCAGCCACCUAACUCCAGAGGCAGAGGAGAUUACUUCAUUCACAACUGCAAACAGACAGUGCUCCUUAGCUAACAGCACCAGACUGGACCAAACUGCUGUGAGAGUCAUGAAGCAUCUGCAUUAUGAAAGAAAUGGAGGUAAACUGGUCACAAUUUCACCUCAAGCUUCCAAAGCGUCAACACUCACCUCUGGACUACUUUCAAAUGCAGUAUUUGAUCCUUCCUACACCUGCCCAAACCUCGAAUGGGCUGUGAUGCGAGAGCUCGGGACGUUGUUGGAAGACGGACAACUCUGAAUUAAGUUGUAGCUCUAAUAAGCAGGGUGCUAUUUGUCUGGACACCUUAAAUGGCAUGUGUGUACACUGUCUGUGAGUUAGCAAGAGGUUUUUUUGUAGUAGACUUUCUGAAGCCAAUUUACAUUCCAGAAAAAUAGACCUUUUAUUUUUUGUUCUGAUCUUUAAGGUUUUACAAGGGAAAACUCUUUGUCUCAAGGGUUAUUACUAAAGGAAUUCAUAUAUUGAUUUAUUUAAGAACAAGCAAUUUAACUUAUUAUAGUUAGUUUAGCGAAUAAUAUAAACAUGUUUUUAUAAAAUGGUCCUUUUUCCAGCUGUUACUGAAAUGAAGUUAUCUCAACAAUGUCAUUAUAAUUGAUAAUUAAUAAUGAUGAAAAUUAAUACUUUGUGGAGACAAUAAAUCAGACACAAUGAAUUGUAAUAAAAACAUCCCCAUUUUUCAAGUUUUGGCACAACAAAACACACCUUAUAUCGGAGUGAAAGAAGGUUAUUGUCCUUGUGUAAAGGAAAAAUGUUAGUUAGCCUUAUCCUUUAUGAUUUCACUUGUAAUGCAUGCUUUGUCACACCAAUGCCCUGAUAUUAUUUCAUUCCACACUGCAAAUUUCAAUUUAUAUAAUUUAAAAAUAUAGAUUUUACCACUUUAUUUUCAAUGUUCGACCCAGAAUAGGUUUCUAGUCUCUAUGCAGUACAGUAAAUGAAAGCACAAACUGCUCAAUAGAAAUGAACGGAGCGUAUUAGGUGAUCAUUUAACCGUAUCACGCUGGUUUUACUCAUUGAUUUUUGUCAUCACAACACAAACUUCAUUCUCAGGAUGUGAAAACAAAGAACACAAAGAGUAGAAGA